AUGCGAGACGUCGAGAUCGCUAAGACCGCGGAGAUCGCCGGGCAGAUACCAUUAAUUACGAAGACGGAGCUUAGCCCACAACAAAUCAGCACUACUCGCAAGAAAUGUCCGACUUUCUAUCGUCAAAGUAUUCCUCGAGUCUACUCUAGCAAAAGUAUCACCAGAGACUACCGCUGGUUUUGCACUCGCAUCGGGAAGUACGUGAUGAUAUUGAUUUGGUGCUAG